AUGUCCUUUACAAUAAUGCAAAAACUUUCCCUGGGCUGUCUGAAGGCAGAACAGCCAUUGUUAACUACAAUACGUAACGCCAGUAAAAAGACCGGCGGUAGUACUCGCAACAAGAAAGGCCAUCCCAGACCUAAGCAUCGUGGAUGGCGUGUACAAGAUGGUCAUUGGGUUUCACAGGGCACAAUAUUGGCCACACAAUUAACAACAAGAUUUCAUCCUGGUUUAAAUGUUGGUUUCGGUCGCAAUGGUACCCUAUUUGCCAUGGAUCAUGGUAAGGUAUAUGUCACCUGCGAACCUUUAGAUCCAAACUGGGAUCAUACAUGGGUACAACGUCACUAUGCCGGUCGUGAAGGUCAACCAAUUCACAAGAAAUUCUUCAAUGUGGUGCCGGAAAAACAACAUCAACGUUUUCGUUUGGUAGAUGAAGUUUAG